AUGCCACGAGGGGCUUCACUCCCAAGAUCGUUCGGGGAAGGAUCAUUUUCUUCAGGCCUGCCAAAGCGAAUAAGUCUUCCCCGAGCAAGCUCACUUUUAAAGCGAGCUACGGGAAGUCUUCCUGCUGUGAAAGAUUUUUUCGGGGCCAGAAAUGCAGAACAGCGAGCAAAGGCAGGAUUAUAUACCCGAGUAGAGGAGAAUACUCCAGAGUCUCCUUCAAGACCAAGACGACCGGCGCCUGCACUAUCAUCGAGGUCUACUUCAGCAAGUGCAACCAGAAGAAAGCCCCCCCUUGCACCAAAGCCGCGUUCACCAGCUACCUCAGCAGCAGCUGCAUCAGUUUCUGCCCCAUCAUCAGAGGAUCCAAGCGACGUUGAUGCAUGGAUGUUCUUAAAUGCAGGAACGUUUGCUCCACUUUCUGCCUCAGCAUCAGAAGACCUAGGCAAAAUUGAAGCAUGGAUGCUCCAACCUGCAGGAACGUCUGCUCCAACAAAAGAAGCAAGCCUGACUGCAGAACUAUGGGUACCUACUGGGAUAAUGCUUCAGCCAGAGAGACGCUCACUACAGCUGAAGGAAUCAGAAACACAGCUGAUUCCUGCACCAGCAAAGCAGGCCACUCAGCCGCAAACAGGAGCAGCCGCGCCAGCCACAUCAAUAAUAGCACUGUCUUUCCAAGCAACGCCGUCUCCACACCCUCCACAGCAAGAACGGCCAACUCCAACACCAGCAGCCCUAGCCGGGCUGGAUUCACCUUCCCCAGAAGCUUCAACAAAACCUUCACGAGCAACGAUACCGACAGCAGGUCGUAUGCCGGCUCAAUCAUUCUCAACAUUGCCCUCUCCAGCCACAAGUUCUAGUCUAAGAACACCGGCAUCAACUGCUGUUCCACCACCAGUGCCACCGCUAUCACGAUCAGCCCAAACAGGAGGGCAAGCAGCAGGGCCUUCUCAGGCAUUGGCAGCACUAAACCUUGAAUCAGCACCAGCUGAUGAGUCAACUCGACAGCAUACACCGCGAUCAGAUGUAUUUCCACAAGCGGGUGCAACGGAAGCCUCUGCAUCAGGGCUUUCAUCCAUGCUUACUCUACCUAAAAUACUGACAGCGCCUGGUCCAAAUUCACCACCAAUAACGCUGCGAUUAGGGCCGUCGAAAGCAGCAACUUUACCAGCGUCUUUUUCAAGAGGUCCACUGGAACCUGAUCGGACAUCUCUGCAGCCUGGAGAAAAAAUAGAGUUCCUGCCUAUGGUGGCUGUUGGAGACCUGAAUUCUUCACACUACAAAAAUUUGCAUCUGCCGUAUCGAUUUCGUUAUUUCGUUGACGGGGUACGUGCACUGCCAAGGCUCCUGGGAAUCAUUAGUUCCACUGUCACCAGUGUUGUCGAACAGCCUAAGGCCUGGUGA